GAUGUUUGGAAAAUUCGGUCUUGAGUACUGCGAUUUGCCGACAAUGAUGUGGAAUGUCGAAGUGUUAUUACGAACUUUAACUAUUAGAUCUAACAGAAGGUUCGAUAAACCAAUUCCCUGGAUAUAUUACGUAAUAAAUAUUUCCACUGGACUCUGCUAUUUUUACACGUACAUGCUGUCGACGGCCUGGUUCGUUUUGGUGAAGUGCAGAGAAACUGGUGAUUUCAUCAGCGCUAUGGUAGCACUUUCACUCACGAUGUGCAGUAUAACCUGCAUACCUAAGAUUUUCUACAUGAAAUACUACCAAAAAACAGUGAUGGAUCUUGUCGAUAACUAUUUACAUUGCAAUGAGUUGAUAGUCAGCGGAACACGUUUUGAAAAGAAUUUCUUUGCUAACAUGAGAACUGUCAAAAAGCAAGCAACAAUCGCUUGGGUUAUAUUAACGCUAAACGGUGUGGUCUUUGUCACUCUGCCAUUUUUAAGACCUGGACGUCAUUUUUCUCAGGACUUAUUUGCGUUAUAUGGUCUGGACCCAAUGGUGGAAUCUCCAAACUACGAGAAGGCGUCUAUUCUAUUGACUUUAGCUGUUUACUUUUCCCUGACGGUUAUGGUUCAUAUCACACUGUUUAUUAUAGUCAUCAUUGGAUUCCUUGAAUCCCAAAUGCUGGCUCUGAGUGUGGAACUGUCUAAUAUCUGGGAAGAUAGUAAGAAAUUCUACAAUUAUUAUGUACUUCACCACAAUGAAUCUAUUACGAAAUAUGAACUGAGAAAUUUAUUUAUAAAGAAUCGUCUCCGGGAUAUAGUGAAGUUCCACAUAAUGAUUGUAAGUCUCCGAAAUAAAGUUGAAAAGGAACUCCGCUUCAUAUUCGUAAAUGACUUCAUAUUUAUGAUAUUUGCUCUUGUAAGUGAAUUGGUCGGUGGUUUAGAAAACACUAUGGUCCAAAUGCCCUUCACAUUUGGUACGGUAUUCAUAGAUUGUUUCAUUGGACAAAGGCUUAUUGACGCUAGCAAAGCUUUUGAGACAGCAGUCUACGAUUGCAAAUGGGAAAAUUUUAAUUUGUCCAAUCAGAAAACAGUUCUUUUUAUGCUACAAUGUUCACAGAAGACGAUGACUCUAACAGCUGGUGGAAUAGCAGUUCUUGAUUUCAUAUAUUUAAUGUCUGUCCUCAAAUCUACAUAUUCUGCUUAUACCACUCUUAAAUCGUCUGCAUAAAAAUAGAAUUAACCAAAUAAUAAAGUAGUUCGCAAAGACUUUUAACUAGAAUUUGCAUAAAAUAUGAACACGGUAGAUUGAGGACAAAAAUUGCACAUUAUGUUAGGAAGAAACUUCUACAAUAAAUUUAUUUAUCAUA